AUGACAUUCACCAAUUCGAAAGACACAAUUCCUGACUCAACGAAACGCUUCCCAGAUGAACAGGACGAACAGCCAACUGCAGGUCCUAGCCUGCCACCCCCACCAACAUUCGAAGAAAGCGCGAAGGACGACGUGAUACUCAACUUCAGUGACGAUCCAGAUGCAUACGUACCAGCUGGAGGUGAAGAGCCUCCGCCGUCCUUCGCACCUUACAACGCUGAGUUCUUCGUCGCGAGCGAUGGGUCAAUUGUCUCGCAUGAUCCUCAUUUGAACGACGACGGUGAAGCCCUAUAUCGCUUCCUUCUCUCCCAACUGUCUACACCACCCUCCUACCUCUUACAUUGCAAAGCCACACAUACCGAACACCGCACCCGCUUCGUCCACGAGUCCGACCCUUCGAAUCCCAAUUCAUCGCAGACGAAGACCGAAUCCUACACCGAAGAAGUCACAGAUUUCGACUUUUACAUCGACGCGACUCCAGCUCUCGUUCCGAAUUCGGUCGUACAAUGGACGGUAGGAGAUGAAGUGCCAGCCUAUCGAGGUACGAUGGUGAAGGAGGUUAUUGUAGGCGGGGCUCGGAGGAGGGCCACGAGGGUAGAGAUUAAGAGGACGAAGGAGUGGGACAAGGAGAGGAUUGCGAUGGGAUUGCCGCCGUGGGUCGCACCAUGGCCAGAAGAACAUGGGACGAAUGGAUCUGGAGAAGAGGAGCAGAGCGCGUUGUUGGGGGAGAGGGGACGGGCGCGGGAUGUGCUUAAUUCGUCGUGGACGCUUCGACAAUGGGGGGACGACUAUUGCUCUAGUCCGAAAUAUCUCAAGGAGUUCACAUACGAGAAGGUCGUCUACGGCUGGAACACCGACAUCCUCACCCGCGCCAUCCGUUUCGCCAUCCUCUCCAUCAGACCCCACUACACCCCCUCCCCACUCUCCAAUUCCCGGCUCACAAUCUCCUUCCUAACCAGCAACUCCCGCAUCUCCAUCCGCCCCUCCACAUCCCUCUCCCGUGCCCUCUCCAACCCCUGCCUCAAAUUCCUCCUUAUAAUAACGCUCAUAUACCCCUUCAUCUACCUCUUCAAACUGUUUCACGAAAGUGGAGGCGGAAAGUGGGAGGUCGGAGGGGCGGCGUAUGCGCUUAAGCGAUGGACUUCUGUGCCUGCACCGGAAGGAGAGGGGGGAGAUGGGAGCAGGAGGGUUAUGCAGGGGACGAGGGAGGGCGAGUGGUUUGAGAGAUGGGAGGGGACGAUUAGGAGGGCGGUGGCGGAGGGUAGGAUCGAUAGAGUCCCGGUUCAAGAGCCGAAUGCUGCUGAUGCGACGACAGGAUUCACGAGGCGGCUGGUAUGAUUGACCCGGACGCUCUUCGGUUUUCUUUCUUUCUUUGAC